CCGUAAUUCCAGCAACCGGAAAUGGAGAAGAAGAAAAAAAAAAACACAACCGAUGACGAAUUGACUCCACCUCAUGAUGCCAUUUAGCAACAGAUGAGCAGAAGAAGAAGAAAAAAAAUCCCCGGUACACGUUCUCUCUCUUUUUUUUUUCUUCUUCUCGGGCAGCCGGACUCCUCCUGACGGCGUAACGGGUCGGCAGGGUUAGCGGUGCCUCCCUCCCUUGUCGCACCGCAGCCUGGCCAGCGUCCUCAGCCGCUUCUUCUUAUUCUUCUCGCUCCCUUCCUUCCUCCACAUCGCGUGUGUGUGUGUUGCGGCUGGCAGAGAGACUUUCUCCCCCCCCCCCCCACCACCACAGCAUCGCUAUGGACGUGCUAUGGGUGAUACCGCUGCUGCUGGUUCCGCUCCUGAUGUGGAGCAGCAGCACGUUCGUUUUUUAUUUCAAAAAGUGCUUCUACGUGGGCUGGAUGAUGGUGUUGGCGCUGCUGGCCAUCCCCCUGUGCAUCCUGAAAAGCGGCGGCAGAGACGUGGAGAACAUGAGGAUCAUCCGCGUCCUGGUUCGCCAUGUGAAGUAUUUCCUGGGCCUUCGCUUCGACGUCAGCGGCUGGGAGCAUCUGCAGACGGAGGGGCCGUACGUCAUCAUCUCCAACCACCAGAGCUCCCUGGACGUUCUGGGCCUGAUGGAGAUCUUACCGGACCGCUGCACCAUGAUCGCCAAGAAGGAGCUGGUCUACGCCGGCACAGUGGGGCUCAUCUGCUGGCUGGGCGGCAUCGUCUUCAUCAACCGCAAGAAGACUAACGACGCCAAGAGCGUCAUGACCGAGGCGGCGCAGACCAUGCUGGACCAACAGAUUCGUCUGUGGGUCUUCCCCGAGGGAACGCGAAACCAGAAAGAGGACCUGCUGCCCUUCAAGAAAGGGGCUUUCCACCUGGCGGUGCAGGCACAGGUACCCAUCAUACCCGUCGUGUUUUCCUCCUACAGCAACUUCUACCUACGGAAGGAAAAGCUGUUCAACUCUGGGACCGUCAGGUUGAGGAUCCUCCCAAAGAUCGAGACGAAGGGGAUGACGUCAGACGACAUUUCAUCCCUCUGCGACAAAUCCUUCGACCUGAUGCGCGCCGCCUUCCUCAACGUCUCCGACUUCAAACGCACGAGCAACGGGCCGUCGAGGCGCUGAACAUUAGCCCGUGCUCCCGCCUCCUUUUUCCUCCUACGUCCCCGUCUGAGACUUACCCCCCACCCCUCCUCCUCCUCCCUCCCCCUGCCCCCCCCAGGUUUUCCCCAUUACCUGGUGAGGGGAAAAAAACAACAACGUGACACCCGUCUCUUGUCAUGAAAUCUCUUCUCGUCUAGUGGACGCCUGGUCCGGUCGGGCUCCGGCCCGACCACACAGCGCGGUCGGUCCAGACACUCACUGUGUCUGCAGCAGCAGCAGCACCUCCUCCUCCUCCUCCUCCUCCCCUUUCCUCCUCCUCCUCCACCAGCAGCCGCAGCGCUGCUCUGCAGGCCGUGAGCGGAAUGACGGACGGCAGCACAGAUGCUACGUGCUCUUCAUGCAUGACGGAGGCCUCUGGGCCUCCUUUAUUUUAUUUUUUUGCUUUGCUGCUUUUUAAUGAUCUUUUUUGCUCCUCCUUGGCUGUCCUUCGGUCUCUAUAUGUCAGUGGAUAUUCUCCUUUUCCUCCCGUACUGCCUUUAUUUGAAUCAGCCUGGACAAACAAACAAAAAAACCAUGCACAAACAUAUUCAAAGUGCCCCAGCUACUUCCUUCCGUUUCCUUUUAGUGUGCUCUCCCCCCCCCCCUCCCCCCCUUUCCCAGACUGGUGGAGGUGAGAGGUCCUCCGCGGGCUUCUUGGGUCUCGUCGCUAUGAAUUAAAGUUUGCAUCCAUGUUGGCUCUUCAACCCGGUGACCAAUCGCUCAAAGGCCCACUUCAUGAUGUCAGCAAGCGGGGAAUUCCAGUUUACAAGAAGCCGUGUGCAACAACAGCACCCAUCUGCACUGAAUUACUGGAUUUCCGAGGACCGAUGGGUUUCUCAGUGUUGUGCGUUGUGGGUGUAUCGUACGUACAUUCAGUCGGUUUCUCUCCAAAAGCUUUGAAGUAUUCAGCCUGCAGCGUUGAGAGAGGGGCCUCUUCUCGCCGUAUUUUUGCUUUAUAUUUAUUAUUACAUCCGGUAAUCUUGUAUUUGGCAUGUUUUUUUGUUUUUUUUUUGUUUUGGUGGCUCCCCAAAGACCUCACAGGUGAACCUAUUUUUAAAGUGUGUCAAAAAAUGAUUUCAUACCGUGCAAUGUCCAACCGUUUCAAGCAUUACUGUUCCAAAGUGCGAGCUACCUGCUGUGCCAUGACCAGUGAAAGCUCCCCGUUCUCUCGCUAUGAACUAAUGCCUAAUCAAUGAGGAAGCUCUCGUAGUAGGAGUGGGGGGGGGGGGGGGGGGGUAGAAUCAUGAGAUGCUUGUUGUGAUUUACUUUGUUUCAGAUUAACUUGAAGGUUCACUAAUUACUAGCAAACCUGUCUACAUCCCUACAGAGUGUUUUUGUCCCCGUUUAGUUCAACUUUAGCGAAUAACUGGUAUCGAGCUGAACCUCACAAAAGAAUAUUUCGUUAUCUUAAAGCGUUGUGGACAUUUUGCAUUAAGUUUGUCGCACGUCGUAUUGUUUUUUCUCUGCUUUUGUUAAAUGUGUAACGACUCCUAACCGCGUAGAACCGACUGAACUGUUUUAGUUUACAUCCAGGUCUUCAACUUCACAUUGCUCACUGCCUUUAUACUGUUUGCUAAAGUCCAUAAAUCUUUUUUCCCGCUUUUGCUCCUCAAACGUCGGAUUUCAGCAUUCGGGACAUUUUGUGUGCGACGAAAUGCGUUUAAUGGUUUUUAUACGAACGGGGGGGGGUUGCGUCUUUCGUACAGUUGGCUUCACAAAAAUGCAUUGAGCACACAAACGGAGGGUUUGUUGUGGAUGGAUUCAUCGGUAGUUCGGCACCGAGCCUGUUUGCUCAUGGGCACCACUGCAAGACCAGUGUCGUCUUAUUGAUGAACUAUUGGUAUUAAUACUAACAGGGCACACUCUGUCUAGUUCUCUUCUUAGUUUGAUUAUAUUUAUGUUUUAUCUGUGAGGGGAGACUUCCCUUUGCAGCGAGUGCUUUGAAUGUUAUGAAGUACUUUACCAAAUUUAAUACAAUACAAAGUCAUUUCAUUUCCUGUCAAUCCCUUUGUUGUUUUGUAAUACAAAAGUGUGAUUUAUAAGCUUUAUGUCAUGAGCUUGAACCGGUGGAGAAUCAGCUCAACCGUUUUUUUGGCAAUUGUUUACGAACUAAGAUACUGUCAAAUGAAAUAUUCUAAGUAUUCUUAACCCUAAUAAAGCACUUUUCAUGCUGAGUUUGGGAGGGAAGCAAAGAACAAAGUUUUCUCAGAUUUUCACCAAAGCCAUUAAAAGUGUAAUUGGUGGUAGCUUUACGUGGAUAUGAGAAACAGCAGCACAUCCUGCAGGGCCGUGUGUGUGCGUGUGUGUGUGUGCGUGUGCGUGUGUGCGUGUGUGCGUGUGUGUGUGGUAUCUCAAUGAAUGUGUGUGCGUCUUUAAAUAUGCACACAUGGUAGGGACGGCCAUUAGAGUAUUUGGUUAAUAUUGAUGAUGUAGUGUUAUUGAUUUCACCUUUUCUGGAUCAAUGUGAAUGCCUUGCAAAAGAAUAAAUAAAAAAAACAAUUAUUCUUUUCUUAAGUGACGUGCAC